AUGCCGUAUCUUAAAGCGAUUGUGUUAGAAGGUCUCCGGCGACAUCCACCGGGACAUUUGUUGUUACCACACAGAGUAAGUGAAGAUACAGAGUUGGGAGGAUACAGAGUGCCUAAGAAAGGGACGAUUAAUUUCAAUGUGGCGGAGAUAGGGAGAGAUCCGACGGUUUGGGAAGAACCGAUGGAGUUUAAACCGGAGAGAUUCAUCGGAGAAGAAACAGAGGAGGUUGAUAUUACGGGAAGUAGAGGGAUAAAGAUGAUUCCUUUUGGAGCAGGAAGAAGGAUUUGUCCAGGGAUUGGAUUGGCAAUGCUGCAUUUGGAGUAUUUUGUUGUGAAUAUGGUGCAGGAGUUUGAGUGGAAGGAAGUUGAAGGUGAUGAAGUGGACUUGUCGGAGAAGUUGGAGUUUACUGUUGUAAUGAAGCAUCCACUUAAGGCUCGUGCUGUGCCUAGAAGAUGA